CGCGAAACCCCUCCCGCAGCCGCGUGAUUUUGAGGGCUUUGUCCGUCCUCUUCGCCCGCCGCCAGAGCCAGAGCCAGGCCAGAUCUAGCGGCAGAUUCGUCUUUCUGAGAUCUCUUGUGAGUGACCCUCAGCCAAUCAACCAAUGCAGGCAGCAGCGCAUGGGUUGCGGAACGCUCGCAUCCCGCCGGCCAGCAGACCACCAUGCGGCCCUCCCCAGGCAGCAGCAGUCUCGCGUGCCCUUUCGACUGUCGUGACGCGGCCAUCUCUGCAGAGCCCCGCUCUCGACAGGCGCGGCACUCUCGACAAGGACAGGUGGUGCCCUGUGAGUCUCGGCAAUGGCGUCGGUUGUGUGCGUCACCGCAACGCGACCAAGGGCAACAAUCUGCACCAGGUGCGUGGGUGGCGGUGGAUCAUGCUGCAGAAGGCGAGGAAGCGGCCGGUGCAUGUCGACUACCCUCCAAGAGACCGCUCCCCCGUUAAGAAGGUAGGUACUGUAAGUGACAUCAAUCAGGAGGCUGGCGCAUUCAUGUGGCUGUGUGCUGUGCUGUGCCGUCUCGCUGUGUGCUAAGUGCAGUUGGUUCCUGACGACAAGCAGACGAGGUACGGGAUGAGUUACGACAAGAUCUUCUUCGUCACCAUGGGCUACUACGUCAAGUUCAACGCUCUCAAGCUCGAGCCGCGCGCACUGCGACUGUGGAAGCGGUACAAACGCAAGACGCCCCCCAUCUACGAGCGGCGGAUGCGCUUCAACAUCGUGCGGGACGCCCUCACGCGACACAUCACACCGGCACUGUCCAUCGCCACCGCCAAAUACCACCAGUGAGUGAGCACUAGUGAACAUUGGUGCGCGGGAAUGUGCUGCUGCGUUGGCUCUAUCUGUGUGUGUGUGUGUGUGUGAUAGUUUGCUUGAGAGUUUCACGAUGGAUGAGGUGCUCAAGAUCGAGACCAUGGCGGACGACAUACGCAAGGCAUUCGACGGUAUGUAAUGAAAUGAAGAAAGAAUGAUCACACCACACCACACCACAGCCACCCCACAGCCACCCACCUAUGCGCACCGCACACACAUCUCCCCUCCCUAGUACUAUGUGUGGAUCUGCGUGUGUGUAUGUGUGUGUGCAGCUGAGGAUGCUCGGCGAGCUGAGCAGGAGGCGUGUGACGCCAAGUCUGGCCACCACGACCUCGGCCUGAAGCUGUCCACCCUCAGCAAUGCCUUCCCGCAGGCUGAUGCUGCUCCUGACAGGCUGCUGGAUGAAGCUGGUGGUAGUGGUGGUGGUGUGGGUCGUGUGUUUGUGCCGCCCGCUGUGCCGAUGCAGCUCGUGAGGGGGGCAGGGGAGCAACGAUAAACGGGGGGUUGGCUACGUGCGGUGUUGCGAGCGUUAUUUAGCGGUGUGUUCAGUGAACGUCGAUCGUGUGCAUUGUGGGAAUCUGUUGGUCCUUGUCGUCCGUCUUGUGGCUGGUUUUGCGGCUGCUGUCGUCGCGAGCGUCCGCAGAGCCAGCCGCCGAGGGGGCGAUGAAGGGACCAGUAGGCCGACACACGGUGUGCUUGGCUUGUGUGCCGCUCUCGAGAGGGGGGGAGAGAGACACGGUGAUAAAGCAGCCAAGAAUGGUUGUCAGGGAUAGUCAGCAGUCAUCCAGGGAAGAUUAGCUGUAGAGAGCUCCUCUGCCCAGGAUGACUCGACACUGACUGCUCGACCGUUGGCUGAGUCAUGUGUCAUCCAUCGCAGUGUGGACAUAGAUAGUUGACAAAUGAAUUCUAAUGAAAGAGAGGUCCGUCC